GGAUGUAGAUCCCCUUGCAGACACUGUUCCCCCGCGUUACGCCAUCGAAUCCGAUGAGGAAGAAGAUGAGAUCAACCCUCUUCACCCAAAUCGAAAUCCAGAACCAGUCACUGUCAACGUUCAAAUCGUCGGGGAGACACCCACAAAUCGUCCUUUGGUUGUCGCUACCGGAGAUUCUGCGGCAUAUUGGGCGAAGGGUGCCAGACUAGGCGAACAAACAGGCGCGAUAGGUGUUAACGGCGUUCAGAUAGGACUGGUCUUCAAUCCUCCUUGGACAAAAUCAACUAUCAUCAUAUCAGAGGUCUUGUCUCGCUUACCUGUGUACGCGAUGCAUCCGUACGCGGAAAAAAUAAUCAAUACCCUGCAACCAUCAAAUACUGCAUUGCUCGACUCAUAUCCAGUUCCUACGUACGCCUCAAACGACCCCCCAUCACUUCAAGACGCUCCCAUCCGCUACCUGUCAACUACCUCGACAAACACAGAACCACUACCCAACGGUGCUGCACACCCCUUCUCUCCACCAAACCUAAUUCAAUCAGCGUCGGCAUCCUUCCUCGCCAUAUUGAGCAUCAAGCAAUUGCCAGGUACCCUGAUACUCCUGCCGUCGCCCCACAUCCCACACCCAGCACCGAGAACAAUCGCCCCAGCCAACUUUCUUCAUCUAUCCCAAGAUGAUAUCGAGUGGUCGACGGACACCAUCCGAUCUGCCCAGGAUCUGCUUUUCCAAUUCGCGACGGGGGAGUUGGCAGGACUGCCAAAAUGGGAUCAUACCCCAU